AUGCCCACCAUUGAAGAUGAGCUUGAUAGAAGGUCAUUACUCUACAGCCUUUUGAUGCCUGUGAUGAACCAGUUUGUCCCCGGUUUAGAUAAAGGCAAAGGGAUGUAUUUCUUGUUUAUCAAAUCAGAAGCCAAGACUCCAGGUGGGCUUGUAGCCCGACCCGUUUUAACUAGUUACUACAAAAGUUCCCAUUUCAAACAAAGACCUUACGACCCUUACACAAACUACACCAGCCCUAAUGAAACCAUUCUUUGCUCUGAUUCCUACCAAAGCAUGUAUUCCCAGAUGCUUUGUGGACUUUGUCUUCACAACGAAGUUCUUCGGGUCGGGGCAGUUUUUGCUUCCGGGUUCAUCCGGGCAAUAAGAUUCUUGGAAAAAAAUUGGACCUUUUUGUGUCAUGAUAUCAAAACUGGAACCUUGAACCCCACCAUUACUGACCCUUCCGUUCGUGAAGCUGUGAUGAGGGGUCUUGAAACCCGACCCCAAAUUAUCAGACUUUAUCGAGUUUGA